AUGAAGAGGCUCUUCGAGAAAAUUGACUUCCCUCUACCCAAUGGCGAACAGCACCAUUUCGAUGCUAAUUUCCUGAUCAGUAUCCUCAGACGCAAUCAGGAUGAGAUUCAUCAUGGAUACCUAAUGCCGCAGGGCCACAACCUGGCGCGUAUCAACCGGGCCAUGGUGACCCCAACAAGGAUCACACUUCAUGGGCCCGAGAUGGAGGCGCAGAACAGAAUCCUCCGAAAGUUUCCCAAGCAUCACGACUACUUCAUUCGAGUGCAGUUCUGUGAGGAGGAUGGGAGUGAUCUUCAUUUCAAUCCCAAGUUCUCCUGUCCGUUUCUCGACGACAAUAACAAGCAGCAAACUUACUCUACGAUUAUCUCCGAGCUUGGCAACUUCUCUAAUAUUCGUUCUCCGGCCAGGUGUGCUGCCAGGAUUGGCCAAGCAUUCUCGGAAACUCCAUUCGCUGUACCACUGAAAGAGAAUGAGAUCUUCGUCACUAAGAUAGAAGACAUAACUUCGCCAGAUAGGACACGGGUCUUCAGUGACGGCGUUGGCACCAUGUCGUGGGAUGUCAUGGUCGCCACUUGGGGCUACCUCAGUCAAACCAAGAACUCUCCGACGUGCUUUCAGGUCCGAUUGGGCGGUGCAAAGGGUAUGUUGGCCGUGGACAGCCGUCUCUCUGGAAGCAUUAUUCAGAUUCGAGACUCGAUGAUCAAAUUUCCCACCAAGGACAUGAACAACCUCGAAAUCUGUGAUGUGGCAUCGAAACCAAUCUCGCUCGUCCUAAAUCGCCAGUUGAUCAAGAUUCUUGAAGAUAUUGGUGUUUCGAAUGAUUGGUUCUUUGAGAUGCAGAACCAAGAGCUGGCACAUCUACGCGCCAUCACCUCUAACGCAAGCAAUACUGCGGACUUCCUGAAGGCCCAGAGAAUUAGUGACUCAAUAGGCCUACACAAACUCAUUCGUUACUGCGACCUAGUCGGAAUUGACUAUCGUAGAGACGAAUUUCUGCGAUCGGUGGUUGAAUUGACAGUCCUUCGAGUCCUGCGAUUGCUCAAACACAAGGCGCGAAUUCCUGUGAAGAAAGGCAUCACACUGUUUGGUGUCAUAGAUGAGACGGGUUAUCUCCAAGAAGGAGAGGUCUUCGUCAUCUUCGGCUCCAUGUCUGGCCGUUACCCUCAUCCACCAAGUGCCGAGCGUAUUCUGAUUUCAAGGUCGCCCGCUCUCCAUCCCGGCGACGUUCAAGUCGCGAACAAUGUCAUUCCUCCUGAUGGGCACCCGUUGAAGGCCCACAACAACUGUGUUGUCUUCAGCUCCAAAGGUCCUAGAGAUCUCCCUAGUCAACUGAGUGGAGGUGAUCUUGAUGGAGAUAUCUACCACAUCAUCUGGGAUCAAGAUGCCCAGCCCACCACGACAUUUCCCGCCGCUGACUAUCCACGAAUGGCCCCCCUCGACAUCGGUCGAAGCAUUACAAAGGACGACAUGGCUAGCUUCUUUGUAACUUUUAUGAAGACAGAUCAACUGGGACUCAUUUGUACUCGCCAUAUGAUUCUUGCGGAUCAAAAGGAGGAAGGAACUUUGGAUAAGGACUGUUUGGCCUUGGCUGAGAUGGCAUCUACUGCAGUUGAUUUCUCAAAGACAGGAAUCGAGGUCGACAUGCUGACAAUGCCUCGAUGCAGCAAAUUUCGACCCGACUUUCUGGCACCAGGGCCGCAAACCAAACUCAUUGACAGAUCACAAAUCUCGCUUGAGCAGCUUGUGAAACUCGAGAUUGACGAAGAUGACGAUGAAGCUGGCCCCCGUUAUGAGUACUACAAAUCCGACAAGCUGCUCGGCCAGCUGUACAGGGCUGUGGAUGAAGGAAAGAUCUGGCUUGAGGACAUUCAUACCGAGAAAACGGUGACGAGUGGCCCUUCAUUUUGGGACCAGCUUCUACUCCAUGCGACAGACAGAUGCAAUGAGAUUGGGUGCUCCGGAUGGAAAGAGCGCCUAGAGGAGGCACGGCGCAUUCGAUCGGCUUACCAGGGUGCAAUCUUCAGUGCCAUGGGAGAUUACUCUGAGCAUCCAAUCCACCCGAUCACCGAGUUGGAAGUCUUCACCGGACACAUCAUCAACGGCACAGGAGUUGCGACACGCCGUCAACGUGAUAGAUCUACCAAGUUGCGAGACGAAUUUGACCGCAUCAGUUCUUGGAUAACUGAUCAAAUGCGACUCAGCGGUAUCCCUCUGACGGGGUACAUGACCGAGAUGAGCGCGGUCGACCUGUGUCUUGCUUGCAUGUAUGUGGGGCGUGAAGAGGAGGGCACUGAGUUGAUGAGUUCCCGAAGAGACGAGUACGGGGACCUGAAGAGCUUCAGUGUCAUCGCUGCAACCGCGCUGUUAGCUGAGCUGAGACUCUUUAGUCAAGGAAUGAAGGGGAGAAAUGAUCUCACGAACGGAAGAGAGAAUGGAGGGGGCAAUGGGCAGACUUUGCCUAAUUAA